AAAAAAAAAGGCCAGGGGUAGUGGUGCACCUCUAGUCCCAGCUACUCGGGAGGCUGAAGUGGGAGGAUCACUUGAGCCCAGGAGAUAGAGGCUGCAGUGAGCUAUAAUAGCACCACUGCACAUCAGCCUUGGUGACAGAGUGAGUAUAGACCUUUAUAAUUUACAAAGCUCUGCAGUCAAGUGGGGAUAAUAGUUGCUAUCUCACAGGAGGAGCACUAGAUGAGAUCAUGUUAAAAUGCUUAGCACAGUGUGUGGCACGUCAUGGGGGUUCAGUAAACAGUGGCCUACCUGUCACCUUCUCCUCCUAUCCCCUGCCCCUUACCAUGGUUCAAAGACGGGACAUUCCUCUUGCCAAGCACCAACCCUGUGUACCCAGCACAAGCUAGGUGACUUAUACCCGGGUUCCCAUUUACCAUGGUCUCUCUGUGAGGGAGACCCCACAGAGAGGUCCAAUCCCACAGAUGAAGAAAUGGCUCAGAGAGGCACUGCUACCGGCCCAAGGUCGCACAACUCGCAGAGGCUGGCCUUGGAUCUUGGGUUUUGGACUUCAAGGCUUGUACUCUCCCCAUUUUACCAUGCUGCCUCACCCUUUACUACUCUGAUCGUUCUUAACAUCUUGGAGCCAGUGUGCUUCCUCGGUGGGGGGGACUCCAAGGCGGUGGAACAGGGCAGGCCUUCCUCACAAGAAUCUAGGACGUCAAGGCCUGCCACCUGCUUGGAGGCUUAAAUUUCUCUGCAAGGGCCCUUGGCUAAAUUAGGUAAUGGGUUCAGACUGUGGGAGGGGUGGGGCUCGCUGACCCCAGGAUCUGAUUGGGCAGGGUCUCCAGUGCUGGGGAGCAGGGAGGUGGGAGGGGAGGGUGCCCCUACAAAUCCCGGGGGCUAGAGCAGGCCAGGUCAUCUUUGGGUGGUGGAGUGCAAAGGAGGCGACCUGCAACAGAGGAGUCCCGGUCACCAGCAACCAUGACGGACCAGCAGGCUGAGGCCAGGUCCUACCUCAGCGAAGAGAUGAUCGCUGAGUUCAAGGCUGCCUUUGACAUGUUUGAUGCUGAUGGUGGUGGGGACAUCAGCGUCAAGGAGUUGGGCACGGUGAUGAGGAUGCUGGGCCAGACACCCACCAAGGAGGAGCUGGACGCCAUCAUCGAGGAGGUGGAUGAGGACGGCAGCGGCACCAUCGACUUCGAGGAGUUCUUGGUCAUGAUGGUGCGCCAGAUGAAAGAGGACGCGAAGGGGAAGAGCGAGGAGGAGCUGGCCGAGUGCUUCCGCAUCUUCGACAGGAAUGCAGACGGCUACAUCGACCCGGAGGAGCUGGCUGAGAUUUUCAGGGCCUCCGGGGAGCACGUGACGGACGAGGAGAUCGAAUCUCUGAUGAAAGACGGCGACAAGAACAACGACGGCCGCAUUGACUUCGACGAGUUCCUGAAGAUGAUGGAGGGCGUGCAGUAAGGAGUGGACAGUCGCCUCUACCAAGAUCGCGUGUCCCUAGGGUGUGGGAGACUCCGCCCUGCCGGGUCCCCACCAGGGAGGCGCGGCCCCUUGUGGGUCUUUGUCUGGAAGGAAUAAAAGCAAAUGUUCCAAAA